CUAAAUCGUCGUGGAUCAGCUGCCACCACAGAUCAUCAAAGUCUCAGUGGGAACCAUUAAUCUGUUUCUUCUAUUUGUUUGUUGAACAGGUGUUGAUUGACAGCUGAUCCUGAUCGUUCCUCUGCAGGAUGAACAACGUCAGCGUGGAUCUUCUGCAGCUCGAGGGGUUAAAGGUCAGCCCUGCGGCCUCUCUUCCUGCCUUCGUCCUGCUCCUCCUCAUCUACGUCUUCAUCAUGGUGUCUAACCUGGGCCUGGUGCUGCUGAUCUCCACGGAGCGGAGCCUCCACCAGCCCAUGUACCUGCUGUUCUGCAACAUGAGCAUCAACGACGCGUUCGGAGCCAGCGUGGUCGUCCCUCGUCUGCUGAGCGACGUCUUCCUCCCGGGUUCGGACCGGUACAUCUCUUACGUGGACUGCGUGGUUCAGGCGUUCUGCGCUCACUUCCACGCGAGCACCGCUCACACCGUGCUGAUGAUCAUGGCCUUCGACCGGUACGUGGCCAUCUGCGACCCACUGCGGUACGCCGCCAUCAUGACCAACACGAUGCUGGUGAGUUUGUCGGUGUCAGCCUGGACGGUGCCUCUGCUCCUGGUGGGCGUGCUCCUGGGCCUCAGCGUCCGGCUGUCGCGCUGCAGGAGGAUCAUCUUCAACCCGUUCUGUGACAACGCCUCCUUGUUCAAACUCUCGUGUGAAAGUGUCCUCAUCAACCACAUCUACGGCCUCGGCUACACCGUGGUCCUGCUGGGCUCGUCCCUCGGCAGCGUGACGCUCACCUACCUGAGGAUCGCCAUGGUGUGUCUGAGCAGCCGGAACCAGGCGCUGAGCCGCCGGGCGCUGCAGACCUGCGCCUCCCACCUCGCCGUCUACAUCAUCAUGUUUGUGUCCGGCUCCAUCAUCAUCGUCCUCCAUCGUUUCCCCCACCUGUCCGACCACAGGAAGCUGGCCUCCAUCAUGUUACACGUGGUUCCUCCCGCCAUGAACGCCGUCAUCUACGGACUGCAGAUCAAAGCAGUCCGAGAGAAAAUCAGCCUCCUGUUCACGAAGAGAAACCACAGACCUCUAAGUUAAGAAAAUGAAACCCUGCGUCGCUCUGUGGCUUCAUCCAAGAAGUGAUUGAAGAGCUUAAUAAAUCAAAUUGACUCUAAUAUCAAUUAAAUGAAUUAUAGGCAUAACAUAAAUAAAUAAAACACUAGAGCUUUAGAACAUCUUCAGUCUUCUCAUGUUCCUGAAUUUAAAUUAAUUUAAUUCAUUGUCUCGUGGUUUCAGUUCUUCUCUCUGAGGUUUGUUCACGUGUUUCUGAUCAGUUUGGUUUGAAUCAGUUAUUUGAUGAUAUGAAAACAGGCUGAGACGUGAUGAUUGACAGAUGACACUGACUCCUGAUUGGUCAGAUAUGUGUAUGGCCGAGGCAUCGACACCACUUCUCCACCAUCACUUCUGCUGACUCCAACUGUAAAUGACGUCAUCACCACAAGAUGGCAGCGUUUGAAUCUGAGAUAUUUAAGCUUCAUUAGAGGAAGUGGAGACGAGUCGUCGUCUUUAUUUAAAAUCUAAGUUUGGAUUUAAAAACCAACAACACACGACUUUUAUGUUUAUUUGUUUUUAAGUUUCUCCACAGAUGAACAUGAUGUGUCAUGUGAUGUUUGUGUUACAUCAUCAGUUCAGUGUUUCCUCUCUUUUAUGUCCAUGUUUGGUCUCCUCCUCCUGAAGGAAACAUCUGGCUCUUCAGCUGCUGAAUCAUCUACAUGUUCAUCAGCAGAUCUGAGUCUGAUACUCACAGAUGUUAACAGAUGAUAACAGAAACCAGACGAGCAGUAAAAUCGACUCAAACAUCCACAACAUGCUUGAUGAUGACAGCAACGGUUGCCUGGAGACAAAGUGAUGAGCAACACAACAAACUGAAGAACGAGAGUCAAAGAAGAAGAAGAAGAAGAAGAAGAAGAAGAAGAAGAAGAAGAAGAAGAGACAGGUUAUAAAAGACGGGUGAGAGACAGGUCCGACAGGAGGACGUCCACGUUAUCACAGGUAAACAUGACCCACUCACACACUCACACACUCACACACAGUUUACUUUUCACUUUCAUCCGAGACAUAUCGUAGAUAUGUAUGUUUUAUACAUGAAACAUUAUUAAUGUUAAUUAUAAAAACAUAAGAAACAUGAAUCAACUUUCAAUUAUAACUUGAAGGUCUAAUUUGAGAUUUUAGUUUAUUUGUUUCUAUAAGAUUUUAGUGAAUAGUUUAAAGAAAAUAAAGAAACCUUUCGUUAUUUUAGUUUUGAUUGAAAUUCGUUUGUUUUAUUAUGUAAAGAUUUUUCAACAUUUUUACAUUUCAGGAUAAAAUGUCAGAGUUUUAAUAUAAUAAAUGAAUAGAAGUAGAAAUCUGCUGGAAUGGUCACUUGGUUCACUUUGUGCCUUUAAGUUGAAACACGUGAUGGAGACGUGUCCCUGAUUCUUUGAUUCUGCACAGAGGACAUUUGUCCGUUUGAUGAGGACGUUUGUUGUGUUUCCAGUUUGUCUCCUGAGCUUCACAUGUUUGUGUCAGUUUCUCUUUUAAUUUCUUAAAAGAUUUUAUUUCAUGUUACAGUUGUGAUAAAAACUGAAGAACUUAUUAUUCACGAGUAUUUUGAUGAGUCACCUCAGCACUAAACUGUAAAAUCAGAUUCCACAUGUCUCAUCUCAGGAGCUCACUUCAUUGUAUUUGAUAUUUGAUCAGUUUGUCGUUUUCAUCACUUCAAUGUA